UUCGGCCAUCCAGAAACAAACCAGUUCGAUGACUACUAAUAGUUAUAGCCAGAUGUACUAAUACACAACAAAUCACAGUCCUGCAGAGGGGCGCGCAAAUGAGUUCCUAUUUUGUGAAUCCCACUUUCCCCGGGAGCUUGCCCAGCGGCCAGGACUCCUUCUUGGGCCAGCUGCCCCUCUACCCAGCCGGCUAUGACGCGCUGAGGCCCUUCCCGGCCUCGUAUGGGGCGUCGAGUCUCCCGGACAAGACAUACACCUCACCUUGUUUCUACCAACAGUCCAACUCGGUCCUGGCCUGCAACCGGGCAUCCUACGAGUACGGGGCCUCGUGUUUCUAUUCUGAUAAAGACCUCAGUGGCGCCUCGCCCUCGGGCAGUGGCAAGCAGAGGGGCCCCGGGGACUACCUGCACUUUUCUCCCGAGCAGCAGUACAAACCCGACAGCAGCAGCGUGCAGGGCAAAGCCCUCCAUGACGAAGGCACCGACCGGAAGUACACGAGUCCUGUUUACCCUUGGAUGCAGCGGAUGAACUCCUGCGCUGGUGCGGUCUACGGGAGCCACGGGCGCCGAGGCCGCCAGACCUACACGCGCUACCAGACGCUGGAGCUGGAGAAGGAGUUCCACUUCAACCGCUACCUGACGCGGCGCCGCCGCAUUGAGAUCGCCAAUGCGCUCUGCCUCACUGAGCGCCAGAUCAAGAUCUGGUUCCAGAACCGCCGUAUGAAGUGGAAAAAGGAAAAUAAACUCAUCAAUUCCACACAGCCCAGCGGGGAGGACUCUGAGGCAAAGGCGGGCGAGUAGAUGCCUGGGCAGAGACCAGGCCAGCGCUAGAACCUCCUUCAGCUUUGCCCCUUUGCCCUUGCCUGCUCCCUAA